CUUUUCUGUCCCUCGACCAAAUCUCCUUCUCGCUGUUUGUGCUUUCCUCCCCCCACAGUCGCUCAUUAUGACGGCGAAGAAGGAUACCGGCCCUUUGAAGGCUUCUGGCAAGAAGCCUGUCAUGGCGCCAGCCAUUACCAAAGCUGAGAAAGAGGCCGAUCUAGUCAUGGGGACCAAUAAUAGCAGUAUCGUAUCGAAGCGCAGCGUCGAGAUGCUCUACUACCCUAAACCGCAUUACUUUCGGUACUUCGUGAAGAAGCCCCAGCGCCGGUCGCCAUUGAUCAACCGUGGCUAUUGGCUCCGGAUGCAUGCAAUGGCAGAGACGGUGCGCAAAUUCAUGGCAGAGCCCUCCGGAAAGCCGAAAUUCGUCCUCAACUUGGGAUGUGGAUUUGAUCCGCUACCAUUCAUUCUCCUCAACACCGAGAAGCCCCUCUGUAAAGAUACGCGAUUUGUGGAUAUUGAUUACGAGAAGCUCAUGAUCAAUAAGAAAACGGCCAUUAGGAGGACCGAGGAGAUCACGCAGCUUCUCGAAAAUGUAGAGUUCUUGUCGGAUGAAAGUGCCAUCCAGAUUCAGAGUGAGCAUUAUAUUGCGAUCGGCUGCGAUCUGAAGAACUUGAAGAAGCUGGACGAUGUCCUGCGGCGAGAAAUCCUCCCAGCCGACUGUUCGGUACUUUUCCUUGCGGAGGUCUCCUUGACGUACAUGGAUGUCAAAUCUGCCAAUGAAGUUUUGAAAUGGGCUGCACAGAUGAACAAUGAUGCCCGGUUCUGCAUCUUGGAGCAGUUCUUCCCCGACGGACCCGACCAUCCUUUCGCCUCCACCAUGAUGAAACACUUCAAGAAGCUCGGCGCGCCUCUCUACUCGAUCCACGAGUUCCCUUCAUUAAACGAACAGGAGCAGCGGUUCAAGAAGGCCGGGUGGCAGCAUGCACACGCAAGGAGCUUAUGGGAUAUAUGGUCGGAUGACGAUUUCGUGAGCCGGUCGCUGCGCUGCUCCUUGGACGAGGUCGAACCAUUCGAUGAGUGGGAGGAGUUUGCUCUCUUCUCAUCUCACUACUUUCUCUUGAUUGCCUCUACCAAGGAUGAGUUUCUGGCUCCAACCACCGGACGGAGUGAACCAUCGGCUUCCCCGGUCGAUGUAUCCAACGAAUUUGAACUGGUACAUACUUCAGGCCUCGGGCAAAGGAGGUUUGGAGCGCUUGUCCCAGACGAGGACAACACCAUUGGGUAUCACGCUGGACUAGGACGACAGACGCGAUUGGCAACAACCGACCUGUAUUCGAGAUCCGAGGAGGCUGUCAAGCCUCAUUGGUCGUUCCCUCCGCGUGACAUCUCUGCCCGAAUGUGUCACACAAUCACCCACCUCUCUGGGAGCGAUUGUUUGCUUGUCGGAGGCCGUGCUUCGCCCGCCGCAGGGUUUGGAGAUUGUUGGGUAAGACAAGGCGAUCAGUGGCGCCCGACCGCCAGUCUCCCGACAGCGAGGUUCAGGCAUAGUGCGACUCGAGUAACGUUCGACUCGGACCAUGUCGUCGUAUACGGCGGAAAGUCUAGCGACGGCGCUACCCUCGAUAGCUGGUUGGUGUGGAGCAACGCAGACGGAUGGUUACCAGUUGAGAUCAGCGGCGGAAAUCCUGGUGCUCGAUUUGGCGCUUGUCUGGCAAAUAUCGACAACACUUCCGGCGUCCUGUUCGGCGGAAUGAGCGAUGAUGGGGUCAUCGUUGAAGACUUUUGGGUCUGGACCUUGCUUCGGCGUGGCGAGAAGUCUUUCUGUUUGGAUGUCCAAGAUCGAACCAAAGACUUACGCGCGCUGUCGCCCCUUUCCACUAGUCUCAGCCGCUUCGGUGCGACCACCAGCCAGACUUCGAGGGGGUUGGUGAUUGGCGGUGGCAUCAUUCCUCGUCAAAUUGUGCCUGCUCAACAGGAGCUUCUGCUUCUCAACCUGGCGGAGCUUGCUACUCAGCUUCGCAGCGAGUCUCCAUCGCUAAGCCCGAGCAUACUGUCUAGCAUCGGGCUCGGAAAGGGAUCUGGAGCCCCCAGGCCUCUGCUGGUGGGCCAUGCAUCUCAUGCAGUAGACCGAGAUGAGGUCCUCUUUCUUGGUGGUGGUGCAGUCUGCUUCUCCUUCGGAACAUUCUGGUCAGAGGGCACCUGGAUUCUGAAGCAGGUCGAUUCAAGCAUCGGCAAUAAUUGGACAUUGAUUCCUGAACCCGUAUCUCCCCCACAAGUAGCGGGAGCGCCGACAUGCUCUCCGAACUUUAGCUCCGACACAACAACCGCCAAGGAAGUGACACUCAUUCCUCGCGUCCAGGUCCAGACCGCCGCGCAAUUCCAACAGAUCCUCGCCGAAGGGAAGCCCGUCAUCAUCGAAGGAUCGGACCUCGGGCCGUGCACCUCCCUCUGGACCAAGGCGUAUCUCGAGCAGGCCGUUGGCCGAGAGCGAAAGGUUGUCGUGCAUGAGGCCCAGUCCGAGCACAUGAGUUUCCAGACGAAGAACUUCUCCUACACGACCAAGGAGUUCGGCACGUUCCUGGACGAGGUGCAUGCGGGUGGCCGCCAAUACCUGCGAAGCAUCUCGGCCGAUCAGCCCGCGAAACUGCCCGCCAAUCUGGCGGUGGAUUUUCCUGGGUUGGGCGAUGAUUUUCGCCUGCCGGAGGCAUUUUCUGUUGUCACGGAGAAUGCACAUAGUUCCCCGCUGCGAAUUUCGGGGCCUGUCACGUUGUGGCUUCAUUACGAUGUCAUGGCCAACAUCCUCUGCCAAAUCCGCGGCGAUAAACGACUCAUCCUGUACCCGCCCAGCGACGUGCAAUACCUCCAUGUGCCCGCCGGUGCCUCCAGCUCGAACCUCAACAUCUUCAAAACCUCGUCCGCCAACCACCCAGACCCUGGAACAGAAACCACGAUCACCCACAUCCCGCACACCUCGCCGCACGAAGCCCGGCUGCGGGCGGGAGACAUCCUCUUCCUGCCUCCGCUGUGGCUGCACACGGCCUCGCCCACGCAGAACCAGGUCAGCGUGGCGGUGAACGUCUUCUUCCGGAAUCUGCGGGCGGGCUAUGCGGCCGGGCGGGACGUGUACGGGAACCGGGAUCUACAGGCGUAUGAGAAGGGCCGCGGGGAUGUGCAGAAGAUCGCGAAGGCGUUUGAGGGGGUGCCGGGGGAGAUGGCGAGGUUUUAUUUGUUGCGGUUGGGGAGGGAGUUGAUGGAUUUGGCGGGGGCUUAGGGAGUCCGUCUGGAUGGAGGGGACUUAACCUGUAAUUAGUAUCGGUAUGUUGGCACGGUUUACUGUAUCAUAUUUUCAUGGGUAUGAAAGUGUGUCCUGUC